ACCCUUUGUUUCUCAGCUUCUCAUUCCCACACCAACCUUCCGAAAUAAAGGCAGGUAAAUAUGUUUCUUCGUUAGAAGGUAAAAUUAAUCAAUGAAUAAUGCUCAUCUUCUUCCCUCUCUCUUUCUCUCUCAUCCCUAGUCCAAAGGAAGAACGCCAACGUCAUUGGAAGAUAGACAAACGCAACUGAUCUUAUGUUACAGAAAAAAGGAAAUGGGAACAUACAGAUCAGAGGAGGAUUACGAUUACCUGUUCAAGGUGGUACUCAUAGGGGAUUCUGGUGUUGGCAAAUCUAACUUGCUUUCUCGCUUUACUAAAAACGAAUUCAGCCAACAAUCUAAGUCCACUAUUGGUGUCGAGUUCGCCACCCGAACCAUUCAUGUUGAUGACAAGAUUAUCAAAGCCCAGAUUUGGGACACUGCCGGCCAAGAAAGGUACCGAGCCAUCACAAGCGCUUAUUAUAGAGGAGCAGUUGGCGCUUUACUUGUUUAUGAUAUUACUCGCAAUGUAACAUUUGAGAACGUAGCAAGAUGGCUCAAGGAGCUCAGAGAUCAUACAGACCAGAACAUCGUCGUCAUGCUAGUAGGGAAUAAGGCGGAUCUACGCCACCUGCGUGCUGUUCCCACUGAGGACUCAAAGGGUUUUGCCGAGAGGGAACGUACCUUCUUCAUGGAAACAUCUGCUCUUGAGGCACUGAACGUUGAAAACGCCUUCACAGAAGUGCUGACUCAGAUUUACCGGGUGGUCAGCAAGAAGGCUCUUGAUGCAGGAGACGACCCAGCGUCUCUGCCUGCAGGACAAACAAUCAAAAUCGGGAACGAUGUAUCUGCUGUUAAGAAGGGCGGAUGUUGUUCAGGUUGAGCAAGGAUCAACCACUCACUACUA